UCUCUUUGCCCUACCAAAUGAACUUUCUGGAGGGUAUUUUUGCUCUGGAGCAUUUGGGGAGACUAUCUGCUUUCGGUGCUGGCUUGCCCUGCUAAUUGUCUUUGCAGCAAGACAGACAUCAAUUGCAAGAAGCCGGAUGAUGGGAACCUCUUCCCUCUAUUGGAAGGGCAGGAUUCGGGCAGCAGCAAUGGCAACACGAGCAUCAAUAUCACGGACAUCUCAAGGAACAUCACUUCCAUACACAUAGAGAACUGGAAGAACUUGCAGACGCUGAACGCUGUCGACAUGGAGCUGUACACAGGACUCCAGAGGCUGACAAUCAGGAACUCAGGACUACGAAACAUCCAGCCACGCGCCUUCGCCAAGAACCCUCACCUGCGCUACAUAGACCUCUCUGGGAACCGGCUCACCACUCUGUCAUGGCAACUCUUCCAGACCCUGCGACUCUUUGAACUGAGACUAGAGAGGAACCUUUUUAACUGCAGCUGUGACAUCCGCUGGAUCCAGCUCUGGCAGGAGAAGGGCGAGGCGAACCUGCAGUACCAGGAGCUCUACUGCAUGAAUAUGGAUGCUGCCAUCAUCCCUUUGCAGGAGAUGAACAUCACCCAGUGCGACCUCCCUGAGAUCAGUGUGAGCCAUGUGAACCUGACAGUACGGGAAGGUGAGAACGCCGUCAUCACCUGCAAUGGCUCUGGCUCGCCGCUGCCCGACGUUGACUGGAUGGUGGCUGAUCUCCACUCCAUCAACACGCACCAGACCAACCUCAACUGGACCAAUGUUCAUGCCAUCAAUUUGACCUUGGUGAAUGUCACCAGUGAGGACAACGGGUUCCUGCUGACCUGCAUUGCUGAGAACGUGGUGAAGAUGAGCAAUGCCAGUGUGCUGCUCACCGUCUACUAUCCGCCUCGCAUCCUAACCCUGGAGGAGCCAGUGCUACACCUGGAGCACUGCAUUGCAUUUGCAGUGCAUGGGAAUCCAGCUCCCACCCUUCACUGGCUGCACAAUGGGCAGGUCCUCCGGGAGACAGAGAUCAUCCACAUGGAGUUUUAUCAACAAGGGGAAGUGUCUGAGGGUUGCCUGCUCUUCAACAAACCCACUCACUACAACAAUGGCAACUACACGAUUGUGGCCACCAACCAGCUGGGCUCAGCCAACCAAACCAUCAAAGGACACUUCCUUGAAAAGCCCUUUCCAGAGAGUACGGACAACUUUGUCUCAAUCGGUGAUUAUGAAGUGAGUCCCACCCCACCAAUCACUGUGACCCACAAACCAGAGGAGGACACUUUUGGGGUUUCCAUAGCGGUUGGGCUGGCAGCAUUUGCUUGUGUCCUCUUGGUCGUCCUCUUUGUUAUGAUCAACAAGUACGGCCGGCGGUCCAAGUUUGGGAUGAAAGGUCCCGUGGCAGUGAUCAGCGGAGAGGAGGAUUCAGCUAGUCCCCUCCACCACAUCAACCACGGCAUCACGACGCCCUCGUCCUUGGAUGCUGGCCCAGACACGGUGGUGAUCGGCAUGACCCGCAUUCCCGUCAUCGAGAACCCACAGUACUUCCGACAAGGUCACAACUGCCACAAGCCAGACACGUAUGUCCAGCAUAUUAAGAGGAGAGACAUCGUUUUGAAGAGGGAGCUGGGAGAAGGUGCCUUUGGGAAGGUGUUCUUGGCCGAGUGUUACAACCUCAGCCCCACCAACGACAAAAUGCUGGUGGCAGUGAAGGCACUGAAAGACCCCACCUUGGCAGCCCGCAAGGACUUCCAGAGGGAGGCAGAGCUGCUCACCAACCUGCAGCAUGAGCACAUUGUCAAGUUUUAUGGCGUGUGUGGUGAUGGUGACCCACUCAUCAUGGUCUUCGAGUACAUGAAGCACGGGGACCUGAACAAGUUCCUGAGGGCACAUGGCCCAGAUGCUAUGAUCCUCGUGGAUGGGCAGCCUCGACAAGCCAAAGGGGAGCUAGGGCUAUCCCAGAUGCUCCACAUCGCUAGCCAGAUCGCCUCUGGAAUGGUGUACCUUGCCUCCCAGCACUUUGUCCACAGAGACCUGGCCACCAGGAACUGCUUGGUCGGAGCCAACCUGCUGGUGAAGAUUGGAGACUUUGGGAUGUCAAGAGAUGUCUACAGCACUGAUUACUACAGGGAAGGGCCGCGUCCGAAGGGCCAGUUCAGCACAGCGUGGCAGCGACAGAGACUGGCACCGCCGGCAGCUGCAACAGUUGGAGGACACACCAUGCUGCCUAUCCGCUGGAUGCCUCCGGAGAGCAUCAUGUACAGGAAGUUCACAACAGAGAGCGACGUCUGGAGCUUCGGGGUGAUCCUCUGGGAGAUCUUCACGUAUGGGAAGCAGCCCUGGUUUCAGCUCUCAAACACAGAGGUCAUUGAGUGCAUUACCCAAGGCCGAGUUUUGGAAAGGCCUCGAGUCUGCCCCAAGGAGGUUUAUGACAUCAUGUUGGGCUGCUGGCAGAGAGAACCUCAGCAACGGCUCAAUAUCAAGGAGAUCUACAAGAUCCUUCAUGCUCUGGGCAAGGCCACACCAAUCUACCUGGACAUCCUUGGCUAGCAGUGGCCACUUAUCGAAAAUGCCUGCUCCUUCCUUCCGUCCUUCCUUCCCUCUCCCCCUUCCCAGCCUUCUGCCCCUCAGCUCCCAAGCAAACAUCUUCAUAUAAACUCAAGUGCCUGCUACACGUACAACACUGAAAAAACAAAACAAAAAGCAAACCAACAACAAUCCUACAAAACAACAACCUGUAAGGCAGUUUGGCUUAUAUAUAUUUAUAGAUAUCUCUCUAUAUAUAACUUCCACGCCAAUACAGAAAGAAGCUGCUGUUACAGAAAAUUGUAAGACUUUAAAAAAAAAAAAAAAAAAGAAACAAAAAAGGGAGAAAAAAGUACUUAAAAUAUAUAUAUAAUUAAAAAAAAAA